GCCGUCUCUACGAUUCUCGAAUCGCAACUUGAUAGAUUUCGUGCCCCAAUACCAUCUUAUUUGAAGAGACUUACCUUAUAUUAUUUGCUUCUUUCCGAUACCAGCUGUUUAUUCCCUUUCCAGGAGCGCAAAGUGGCAACCAUCUAAAAGGUUUCAGUCGUACCAUUAGGUGGUUACAUGGCUUCAACUUUAAUAAUUUCAACAGCUCGACCCAUUCUCUACCAAUUCACUCGCAGCUCGAUCUGCACUUAAUCCCUAGAUAAACUGACGAUUGAAGUCUUAUUCGAUACUUUAAUUCAAACCUUCUGCUAUACCACACACACUCUCUAAUGUGAGCAGUACACAUCCUUACCACAGUUCAUCUCCAAUCCUUACUCUUUUUGUCCAUUCUCUCUAUUCAAUCUACUCGAGCAAUAAAUCCAGCCUUUCAAAAUAGAGUUCGCGAGUCUCACGUCAUUCGUUGGCUAUCACAGCUACCGCUUUUGUCGCAGAACCUUUCCUCAUGUUCAACAGCGAGCUUUGAUCACAUUAAUACCAAAAUGGAGGACGACGACCCCUGGUCAUGGUCUACUGAUAGGAUAGUUCAAGAGUUUUGCACCGACCAACGAUCUUGGGAACUCCGGGCAGCCUCUACUCGUAUACCGGACCCUGUGUUUUUGGAGAAAGCUUUUCGGGAGAAUGAAAUUACCGGAGACAUCCUUCUAAUUGAAAUUGAUGACAAGAGUCUACGGGAAGAUCUGCAGAUAACCAAACUUGGCUGGCGGUCUUUCAUUCGAUAUGGAAUUGAGCAACUCCGCGAACGAAGCACGAAAUAUAAGGUCUGGUUGAACAAGGAACGUGCUUCUGCUUUGGUUGCAGAGAGAUACAGUAAUAGUUUGCCAAGUGUAUCAUCUCAUACCGAUUUCAAUUUCACCAUCAAUUCAACUGUGCCCAUUCACAUACCAGCUAGUAUUUCCGACAUCCCAAAUAUCCCUAGUCUGCAACCUCUGAGACUAUUUACGGAAAGUGAGACUGAACGGCCAAAUCUCAAUUCAAGCCAAGGUGUGGAGAAUGUGUCUAUGUCUGAAGGCAACAAGAAGAAGCAACAGAAGCUAGAUGAUAAUCCUCAAGGCGCAAACCGGGAUGGCCCAUUGGAACUUAAUCAUUCUUAUCCUCUCCUCCUGACGCCCCCUAUUCCAUUUUCACAUUCAGAAGAUGAAUCUCCGAGCAAACAAAUCCUUCUCGAAACUUCAGUGCACGCUUUCAACGAGGUGCAACCUACCAAGACGCGCAAGCGCAUUGCCCCAACACUUAUUACAACGUCCAUCGACCAAACCAGAGAUCGCACAAUACCCACCGAAGCUGAUACUGUUCGUGUUUUCCUUCACUCACAACUUAAUCAGGGUUAUUUGGGUAAUUCGCGCAUGUCUGUAGACGAUGUUUUCUAUGGAAAAGUUGCGGCAGGUGAGCGAAUUCCGCAUGGUGAAAUGGCUCUUGAAUUCCAAGGACGGAGCUCCAUCUCGCUUGGCCGUCGUUUGUAUGUUCAUAGCUUGAUGAAACAUUUUCUUCGUGUUAGCCCUGAAAUUUUCAAGCGAAAUGAAAAGACUUUAAUGGCCACUAAACCAUAUCGCUUGCGACUUGCCCAAAACCCUUCAUUCACUCUAUAUCGCUCUGGUUCGGAUACUAUCGAAAUCACCCGGCAAGCCUUGUCAGCAUGGCCCGAGAUCGAUCCGGAAGCAUACCCUGUUAAAUCUUCGAAUGCCGGGAAGUCAACCUUUGACUUUGAUUCGAAUGCGGAAGAUCUUUUGGCGAAUGCAUAUGAGGAACCCGGUGCUCUAAGUAAAUACAAUAUGCUCAAGGAUGAUGAUGAAGAGUUACCUUUAUACGGUGAAUCUGGUUCAGAUAAUGGUUUUGAUACUGAAACUUUGGAGGCCAUAGAUGAGGAGGCUAAAGAGAGAGCUGCAUAUAUCGAGAAGGAGAAACAAAAGAAUAAGUUUCUAACCUCACAAGAAGUAGAAGCGGCUGUUGAUGCAGGUAUCGCAGAUAUUGUCUCUCAAUGGCAAGAAACAAAGCUCCCCAAGCGUCGUCAAAAAGCAUUCAGACUUUGGACAAAAUCACGUAGGACAGGUUCAACGCAUGCAGACAUUCUGAAGGCUCAGCAAGACCUAAAACACCUUGUUGACAGGCGCAUCCCCAAACUUAGGGAGAACAUUAUACUUGGCCAGUGGCCGAAUGAACACCAGGUACGCUACCAAACCCGUAUCAUGGAGGCAACAAUUUUUGAUCGAGAGGAUUUGAUCUACACAAUCGCUCUUCUUCAAAAGAAGUCGUCACCUCCAAAAUUGGUAGCAGAUAUCCCUGUCAAACCAAAGAGGACUAUCUUUUCCGGUAACUAUAGUGACUCUGGAGAAUCAAUACAUAGUGAGUCUUCUGCUAUCGAAAGUAUGCACGAUGAUGGCGAUUUUAUUGUGGAGGAGCUUAACCUCGCCGACGACGAAGAAGAUGUGACCAUGUCCGAUGAUAGUCUCCCAGAAGCUCCAACGACACCAUUUAGAGGAAAAGCUCAAUCAAGGUCUGGAACAUCUAUCCAACAUGGCUAUAUCAGUGAAGAAGACCAUAACAUGGCCUCGGUAUCUGAAGAAGAGGAACUCAGAUCACCCGAAUCAAUAGAGCACCCCCCAUCUGGUAAAGUCAAAAGCGAGCCAAAAGUUCCGCUAUCAGCAUGCACGCCUCAAAAGAAUCACGUUGAGAUUGACUUGGUAACGCCAGAGAGCAAUCGAGUAUCAAAGUUGAAGUUGAAUUGCAAAUCUUCAAGUAGUGUCAACCCAAUCGUUCUUUCAUCCGAAUCUGAUCCAGAAAACCAUUCCGAGAGACCUGUUUUAGAUCUAAACAACCUUCCAUCACUCACAACACCAGCUGCAGUCUCUCGAUUUGAGUAUGCGACUUGGGAGGAUUCUCAAGACCGAGAUCGACUGAUCAUUACGUUUGUAGACAAGCUGCCAAACCACAUGCAGAAAUCACUGUUUGAGCUCAUUACGACGAUGGACAACGAGGCAAAAUUACGAACUCGUGUAGAAGAAGUAAUAGUACCUGGUAACGAGACAAAGGGAUUGGACAAGGAGUCGGUCAAGGUAUUGAUGACACUAAUCAGGCUAUUCUGGAUUUUUAUUGAUUGCAAAUUUCACCCCGCACAUUACGGAUGGUUGCUCGUCGCUGCUGAUUCAAUUUUCAGUGAUAACUUCAGCUCCCUCAGUCAGUUCUAUCAUCUUUGCAAAUCAUUACAAAAUUACUUCAACCCAAAAAUACGUCUGAAGUUUCCUGUAUCGGAAUUCUCCUCGGCAAUUGCAAUGGUGUCUGGUGACGAUGAUGAGGAGGAUGGCGAACCUCAAGGUUCAGUCAAGAGAAAACGUAAAUCUGUUAGUACAACUGAUAGUGAGUUUUCUGAAAGGGAAGAUGACUCUCCAAGCAAAAAGAAAAGAAAGUUCUUUGAGGAUGCAAAUGCUCGGAAUCUGCGAGAGCAAGAUAGAGCACGGGUAACUGCACAAGAAGAGCGUAAGAAACAACUUCGGGCUAGAUUGAGAGAAUCCGAUGAUGUUGGAGAUGUGGCACUAGAUCGUCAUAUCAUCAAUGAGGGCAAAUUCGACGAUCAGGGCUACAUCUACGUCGAUGAAGAAAUUGGCAAGCGCAUAAAACCUCAUCAAUUGGAAGGUGUAAGAUUUAUUUGGAAUCAAAUUACUGCAGAUGGGGAAGCGACGCAAGGCUGCCUUUUGGCACAUACAAUGGGACUCGGGAAAACCAUGCAGACGAUUACUAUACUGGUCGCACUAGCUCAAGCAGCAUCUUCAAUAGAUGAGUCAAUCUCAUCACAAGUUCCAGAAAGUCUUCGUGUGUCAAAAACAAUCAUCCUUUGUCCUCCUGGGCUGAUUGCCAAUUGGGUGGAUGAAAUUCUUACUUGGUCACCAGAUGACAUCCUUGGGGACUUGAGACCGGUCGAUUCAGCGUCUGACCUUGAGAGCAGAUUUUGCACUAUUGAUGAUUGGUUUGAAGAGGGAGGGGUUUUACUCAUAGGAUAUGAUAUGUUCCGCAGAUUUAUUGCUCCACCGAAGUCAAAGCCGGGUGAUCCUAUGCCACCUUUUCUCAUCAAGAAGUUCGAGCGGGCCAGGACUAAACUUCUUGAAGGUCCAAACAUUGUCGUGGCCGAUGAAGCGCACAAGAUGAAGAAUUACACUUCUGCUUUGAACAUGGCCGCCACCCAGUUCAGAACCAAAACCCGCAUUGCAUUGACUGGAUCACCUCUUGCAAACAACGUAGAGGAAUACCAUACGAUGGUUGAGUGGGUUGCACCUAAUUAUCUUGGUCCGAAGAUUGAGUUUCGAAAGAAAUACAAAGAACCAAUCGAGCAAGGGCUAUUUGCUGAUAGCACUCGGGGCGAGAAGUUCAAAAGUCAAAAAAUGCUUGAGAUUUUGAAGGCCGAUUUAUCUCUAAAAGUACAUCGUGCAGAUACAUCAGUCCUUCGGGAUGAUCUGCCGCCGAAAAAGGAAUUUACCAUCAAUGUUUCUCUUACCGAACUACAAAAACAAGCAUAUAUCACUUAUGUACGCUCCAUGUCUUCACAGAAACCUUCUCGGACAAAAUCUGGAGAGCUGAAGCAAACGACUGUAUGGUCAUAUAUCAAUAUACUGACUCUGCUUUGCAAUCACCCCUAUUGUUUCAAAGCAAAAUUGGAUGCGCGAAGCAACGAGUUGCAAGGAAAUUCUCAGCCCAAGAUCCACACUACUACCGCAUCUCGCACUCGAAAGGGUAAGCCAAUGGAACCUCAAGAUGUGACAGACCUUGAGAAUGAUCCAGAAGCCUGGAAACUUGGGGUCUCAGAAGAUUUAAUUUCGGCAGAAGCAAAGGUUUUUGGGUCAGUACUGGGGAAAAUCUCAAACCCAGAACUGUCAAAUAAAGUACGAAUUCUUUGCCAAAUACUCGAUGCUUCCAGGGCGGUGGGUGAUAAAGUUUUGGUGUUCUCUCAAACACUUGUAACUCUUGACUUUCUCGAAAUUAUGUGCAGAGAUCAAGGCAGAAAAUAUGCAAGGCUCGAUGGCAAAACUGCUAUGAACAAACGCCAGGCACUUGUUAAAGAUUUUAACUCUAACGAUUUGGAGCUCUAUCUCAUUUCAACUACUGCUGGUGGCUUGGGCUUGAAUUUAUAUGGCGCUAAUAGGGUGGUCAUUUUUGACUUCAAGUACAAUCCAAUCAAUGAAGAGCAAGCAAUCGGUAGAGCAUAUCGUAUUGGACAGAAGAAACACGUGUUUGUAUACCGUUUGAUGGCUGCUGGUACCUUCGAAGGCAGUAUUCAGAAUAAAGCAGUGUUCAAAACACAACUUGCUUCUAGAGUCGUUGACAAAAAGAACCCAUUGUCAUGGGCCCAGAAAGGCUUGGGUGAGAUUCUCUUUGAACCAAGAGAAAUUCCACAAGAAGAUCUUUCGGAAUUUGAAGGAAUAGACAGCGUUGUACUUGACACCAUUUUGAGCCUUGAAGAGAACAAGGGGGCAAUUUUGAAGAUUAUCCAAUCUGACGAUUUUGAGAAAGAUGAUGAUUACAAAAUGACACUCGAAGAGAAAAAUGAGGUCCAGCAAGAAGUUGCAGAAGAACAACUGAAGCGCUCUGAUCCUAAAGCUUACGAAUUACUUAUGCGAAAGAAACAACGAGUCGCAAUUAGUGCCGUAAAUCAACAAGUUCAACAGAGACAGCCUCAGAUGUCUUCCACUGUCAAAAGCGAAACGGUAAUUGGUAACAAGCUUAAGAAGACUACUGAAAACAGAUAUGACAAUUCAGACGUAGAAGAGAUAUCAGCAGGACGUUUUGCACAGCGGCAAUUCUUUGUGCUGCUUAAAAACAUUAUUAAGAGUACUGACCCAUUCAAAAAUGAGGACAGAAUUCGGCAAAGAACUGCAGAGAUUGAAAUGAACAUCCAAAAAUGUUACCCUGAAAGAGUUGAAUGGACCGACAAAUUUCGAAAAAUGAUAUAUCAAAGGGCUUGCGAACUCAUUCACGAAACGCCUGUUGUUGCUCAACAACUCUUUUCUUCGGAGUUAGGUGCUGGUGAAUUCCUGCUUCAAGUUUCAUCUUGGUGGGAAAAACGCCCAGAGCCAAGACAAGCCAAUGGGCAACAAGUUCAGAAUUCAGUCCGAUUAGAUACUCCCCAAGAGCUUCGAGCUUCGGUCUCAUUGGGCCAGAACGGCAACGGACAGGCCGGAGAUAAUGAAGAUGAGAAUGGGUCUGUGAUUCCCCUACAAUCCGGCUCUUUUGUUUCACCCAGAGGAUUGAGCAUGGUGGAAGAGAGGACUGAAGCUCCAUACGGUGUGGUUGAGCCAGCGACUUCUCAUGCAGCGACUUCAUCUAUCCAACAGAAACCUCUCGCAUCUAGCACGUCAUUUGAGCAAUCCAGCACAUUGAAUUCAGAGGGCGGUAUGAAACCUGCAAAAAGCAAUGAUAUCUCAGACAGCCCAUCCAUCUCAGAAACCGUACCCAAAGAGCAGAAUUAUCUAUCACAGGAUUCCACAGAAGAAAUUCCCAACCACAAGCCCACUAGCUCACUUGCCGAGACCAGCAUGUUCCAAGCCAUGAAUCAACAGCCGCAAUUAGUGAGGACUCCUGUGGUAACCUCGAAGAAGAAGAAGAAACAUUGGGGAACCAUGCAUUCUGAAGACUCAGAGGCGAUGCGACAGAUUCAACAACGACGAUUAGCUCGAGGGGAAACCAAUCUUACUUCUAGCCCUUUUCAAAAUAAAAAUUCUUCCACUAGACCUUCCUAAGGUGGUGCAUUGACACAGCCAGCGUUAUUUCCGCAGCCUCGAAGAUAACACAUAUUAAGAAUACCAAUUUACUUUCCACUUUCUGUUUCUUUUCUUUUCGAUACCCGAUGUACAAUAACAAACAUCAUCAUCAACAUCUUUCUAACUUGAGCGAAUGGAACAAUCAGUAGACACGAGGGGCGCAUUAUAUUUUUAGGGUCUCUGGAGUUGGAAGAACGAAGCGACAAGUCUGAACUUUACUGGGAAUUGAAGGUUAAUUCUUAUUUUUUUUAAUAUUUUUUAUGAUACCACAUUGUUAUUUCUUGCGAUAUGAGGAAGGGCACUGGUAGACAUUUACAUGGACGCCGAUUUCAUAUCAAUGGCUGACAUGUAGAUGGAGAUGCACGUUGUUUUCUCACGAACUUUUUCUUCUUUAUUGCUUGCUUUUGCUCUUGCUCAAUAUGAAAAUACGAAUAAACACACAAAAAUUCAUGCAUGGCUGCGCAAACGGAGCUUCGGAAGUUUGCAUGAGUUGGGAUGGAUAGGGGACGGGAUAUGUAAUUAAUGAGGGGUGGAAAAAUGAUGAUGGUGGAUACAUAACCUGACCUGAUCCUCAAUUUCAGCGAACAUACACUGAUAGCAUUUUAGUUAAUGGGAAAUAUUUGAGAUGAAAAGCCAAUAGCGAAAUAAUUUUGAACACA